AGAGAACUUUGCAUCAAUUAAUCGAUGUUUUGUGAACACCAAGCGUGUUGUUGCAGAGCGAGACUUCGAUAUUUUCCAAAUACACUCCAAACACGUUUAUGGCUAUUUGUGAACGUAUCUGGUGAUAAUGAUUUAACUCAAACGACUUUAAAAACUUUUAUCCGAAAAAAAGGUUGAAAGUUGGUUGGACUGAAUGUAUAUCUGGCAAGUUUCCGCGAUUUCAAUCCCAUUAUGAAGAUAUUAGCUUUUUUUCUAGUUUUCCUGGCUACAUCCUGCAUGGCCGAUCUAGACAAGAAAUUCAUGUGGAAAUUUAGACAAAGAGACGACAAUUUAUGUGGAGGAAGCGAUCAGAACUGCAGAGAAUGUCUACAGCAAAGAUCAUGCAGCUGGUGCGCUGUGGAUGAUGAUUCUUAUUGCAUUCCAAGCGCCCUUUGUCCAAGWAGUCUUCAGCAUUCAUCAUGUCCAGACGACACAAACUUAGAAUCCCAACUUCAAAAUUUACCCCAAGAAAAGCAAGUGAUCUUAGAUGUGCCUCAAGUGACUUUGAGCGCCAGUUACCUCUGUAAUUUGAAAAGAAAUUGUACAACGUGCACAAGACUUGGCUAUUGCGCAUGGUGUAAUGUUAAAAAUACCUGUGUCCCGUAUUUUGGAUCCAACACGACGAUUUUAUGUGGAAGCGAAUCAUGGUCUAGAGAUAAAUGCCUCAGUGGAAAAGAAGCUCUAAGCGCCAAGCCCUGUUCUCUACGGAAAUCAGGAUGCAAGGAAUGYGURGCUGAUGAGAGUUGCUACUGGUGUGACGCACCCAAAUCCUGCCGAYAUUACGAAGGGGGUGGGGUUAAACCCGCUAACUGCACCCCAGGUAACUGGUAUUACAAGGACUGCUCUAAUCCAAAGGCUAUUAUAGUACUGCUUCCRAUCCUCGUGAUYAUGGCUACCCCUAUCAUCGCCUAUCUUGUAAUGUACUGUGUCUUGUGUAUUAUGAAAAGUGCGGGGUAUAACGUYGGAAACUCUUCCGAGACGAGCGAUGACGAAGAYAAAGUCCGAAAGCCGAUUAUGUUACGACACGACUCGCCCGGAAGUAAGACUGACGAACUGAGAAAAAAGUACGAUCUUCAUAAAAAGCCAUAAAAGUAUAAAACAAACUCUAAUUCACUUGCUGCUAUUAAUUUUUUUACGAAAACAUAUUGUUAAAAAGCAUCCAUUGCGUGAAUAAGUUUUGAAUUAUGAUUAUUGAGAUAAUUUCAGUUUAUUCCUACUUUUUAGAGGGUUUCAAGCAAGAGAAAUCUAGAUAAAAYCGAGUUGUUAUGGUUUGAAUGUUUUCACUUGAAUGCAAUUUUUCAAAUUGACUCUACAAAAUUAGCAUUGAGUACAAACGAUAGGCACUGAAACAUCGCAUGGAUUUACAUAUAGGCCUCUACCAUGACAUCUCCAUUAACCCAAGGUUUGGUAAAUGAAUAUUAAAAAAAUCUUGAAAUAUAUUAUAACACCAAGUGUAAUGAUCCUAAAGUAGACAGUUUAUUCAGCUUAUUUGAAUAAAACCUAUAUAUAUAUAUGUACUAGCA